AAGAAAACCGAACCCAUUAAAAACACCACCCCACACCGCACCCCCUCGAUCUGUCACUUUCUCCUUCUGCCUUUCCACCCUUCCACACCCCCUAUAAGAGAAAGCACAAGAAUCAUUAAUUCAAAGCAGAAGAACACAACCUUUGAAGAAAUACCAUAUCUGAUCUGAGAAGUCUAUCUCUCCAAGAUUCUUCAGACCCACCAAAUUCCCUCCCUGCCAAUGGAUGAGUUUUGGAGAGGGCACAUACCGGCUUUCGGGAGCUGGGAUUGCAACGACGAGUACGGGCUCCCUUUCACUCAGUGUUUCGAAUCGGCGAGGCAAGCCGGCGGGUUGCUUCGCUACACUUACUCCGAGGAUCGCGACCUGUACGUCACCGGCGAUUUGUACCAGAAUGACGUCGUCACUCCGGCCAUGAUCGUUGUUCCUCGCCGCAGGGCAAAAGCACGUUACCCACAUGUGAAAGAAGCAAAAAAGGAGGAAUGGGUGGUGAAGGAACCACCUAGCCCUGUUUCGCUGGCGCAGCCACCACGGCCGCCGCGAAAAGCUCCGAAAGCAGUGGAUGAAGACCUCUACAAGAUCUCCCCGGAGCUGCUCUACGCCAAACCCAAAAGGAAGAGAGGAAUGGGCUUCUUUUCAAGCUGCUGGUUGCCAACCUGUGCUUCAUGAAUCCUGGUGGAGAUUAUCUAUCUAUCUAGAUAGUGGAGUAUUAUGCUGCGUACAUAUAUGGAAAAGGGAACUGCUUUUUAAAGUAGAAUUAGGUAUCUAUAUAUGGUGAUCACUGGAUGUACUUUUGUGUUCAGUGAAACUCAUCAGCUCAAAAAGCCAAAGAAGAUGGAGUGUAGGAUUAUUAGGCAAGAAGCCCUCUUCUUCUUGCCAACGGUUUACUUUUUUUUGGGCAAACCUUUUAGGGUUUUCUGUUGACAAUCUAUGCUUUUGGCUGUUCUGAGAAAUCAUGGAGGAGUUAUUGUUGGAAUUUGAGCUUAAACCGAAAGCUUGGGAAUAGAUCAAGUUUCCUAUUCA